AUGGCCCGAUGUCGGCGGACCCAGUUAAUUUUUCCCAACUUCAAGCCGUCCUGUGUCCAUGUUGAAGCACACGAGUGGAAAUGCUUCAUCAGAAAAACAUGGACCGUCCUUGAGCCUGAAGGGACUCCCGAUAUUCACCCUUGCUCCGUGGAAUCGACCGAGAGCGUCACGGGGAAACGGAGACGGGCAACGGGCAGCAUGACGCCGUCUCCUCUCGACCUGCCCCAGGUCUGGCAACGGCCCAGCUUCGACGCCUUCGUCGCGACCCUCAACGACCUGCAGCGCUCCCCGCCGGCCUGGAAUGCCGGCAGCCGAGGAUCGGAGAAAGGUGUCGACGAGCGGCUGCCCCUCGACCGCCAUGGAGACGGGGACAUGAUGCGCUACCUCUCCACCAUUGUCAAGUGCCCGCUUGGCUGGCUCGCCGACGACGAACGCGAGCAGGUCUGGGAACUCGCGAGCAAGCGGAUGACGGAGCGUUGCGGCCGCUCGGCCAUGGGAGACAUGACCCGCCUCUGGCACUUCCCCGGCAGCCAUGGCGAUGGUGGUGGCGAGAGCACCGGAGAGCAACGACACCGGCACGGCCGAGGUCACGAGAACGAAGACGUGGACGACGAGCACCUUCACAUCAACGCGCCUUUCGAGCUCGCUGUCAGGGAGCCUGCCUUGACGGGGGACUCGCUCGGCCUCAAAACCUGGGGCUCGUCGUAUGUCCUCGCACGGCACCUGCCCCGGCUCGCCGCCACGUCCUUGCGUGGGCUCCUGGACGGGCCCCCCCGAACAACGCCGCCGUCCGUCCUCGAACUGGGCUCCGGCACGGGGCUGCUGGGUCUCGCCGCCGCCGCUCUCUGGAAGGUCCCCGUGGCCCUCAGCGACCUGCCAAACAUUGUACCGAACCUGAAGCACAACGCCGACAAGAAUGCCAGCCUCGUCGAGGCCAAGGGGGGUUCGCUGACUGUCGGACCCCUGACCUGGGGUGGGAGCGAGGACGAGGUGGAUCAGGACUUGUUCGCCGCCCCUUUUCAGUUCAAGCGUCGACUGACGUCUCCACCUACCCAGAUCGUCCUUGUCGCCGACCCGCUCUACGACGAUGACCACCCGCGGCUGCUUGCGACGGCCAUCGAGCAGCACCUAGCCCUCGGGGAUUCCUCCCGUGCCGUUGUCAUGGUGCCAUUGCGCGAUCCAGCGACAGUCUGCCUGCUUGAGAGCUUCCGCAAAGCAGUCCAGGACCUCGAAACGCCAUUGUUUUGCGUCCAAGAGGACGAGCUGGCGGGGCAGGAUGACUGGACCGGUGAUGCAGAUGGCGGCCGGGUACGGUGCUGGCUGGGCAUCUUUUCGAGGGCCCAACCACCGAGCACUUGA